GGACUGCUGCUCCUCCUGCUAUGAUGCCUGGGCAGAUCCCGGACCCUUCUGUGACUGCAGGCUCUCUGCCAGGGCUCGGCCCCUUGACUGGCCUUCCCAGCUCAGCUCUGACCACGGAGGAGCUGAAAUACGCCGACAUCCGCAACAUCGGGGCCAUGAUCGCCCCCUUGCACUUCCUGGAGGUGAAACUGGGCAAGAGGCCCCAACCCGUGAAAAGUGAGCUAGAUGAGGAAGAGGAACGAAGGAAAAGGCGCCGGGAGAAGAACAAAGUUGCAGCGGCCCGAUGCCGGAACAAGAAGAAGGAGCGGACGGAGUUUCUGCAGCGGGAGUCUGAGCGGUUGGAGCUCAUGAACGCGGAGCUGAAGACCCAGAUCGAGGAGCUGAAGCAGGAGCGGCAGCAGCUCAUCCUGAUGCUGAAUCGGCACCGGCCCACCUGCAUCGUGCGGACAGACAGUGUCAAGACCCCUGAGUCGGAAGGCAACCCGCUGCUGGAGCAGCUAGAGAAGAAGUGACAUUGGCUGGGAGGAGGACAGGGAGAAGGAGGAGGAGCGAUAAAGAAAGAGGACGAGGAGGGGCCCCAGAGGCCCUCCCUUGAUGCGGGACAAACUUUACAAUGAGGCUCAGCAUGGGCAGCAUUGGCGGGCUUUUUUGUGAAACUCAGAUCAGCCAACAAGGGGAAGGGCAGGCUGAGGACAUCUAGGGGGAGCAAGCGCUGAGACCAAAGUCACCCCACCGGUGGAGCUGUCCUGCCUGGGACCCAGCUUGGAGGAGGCAGGAUGGAGGUGCCCCCUGGGCCGAGAAACGCCCCACCAGGCACUUCUCCGGCCUCUCCACCGCCGGGACACCCACCCGAGGGACCUCUGAGCAGCCAGGAAAAGCCAUGUGUUGGAACCAAAAUGCAGCUGGGGACGGAACGCAGAGUGAAACUGUAAUAUGCCUGCCCCCAGCCCUGACCCCCGACCCUGACGCAAAGCUGGGGUGAGGCGGGGCCCUGCCGCACCCGCCCAGCUCUGCCCGACCAGGAGGCCGCAGCCCUGGGCGCACUCUCACCGACCCUGCUGGAGUUUGCUGCGGGCACGAGGCGCGGGCGCCCUUCCAAAGCACAUACUCACUCGAAUGUUUACAGACUGGCUGUCCUGGCAGUGCUUUCAACUGCACAUGUUUUUUAUACUUUCUUUUUUUUUAAAUAUUUUUUACAAAAAAAGAUUUUAUACAAGCGAUAUAUAUAUGGAUUUCUAUAAUCACUCGAUGUGAUACGGUAUAAAUAUGCUGUGGUUUGUUUGUUACGAACAGGUAUCCACCAGUUACGGCCGUUGUGUGUAAUCCUAAGUACUGUAGUCUCUGGGUGUCGGGGUGGCCGGGGCGGGGGUGGGGCGCAUUUCCAUCCUUGUAAACCCUUCAUAGUACUCAGUCCUGUAUCGCUCAGUAAACGUUACUCUUACUUAC